GAUGAGAGGACAGAAGAUGCUGAGAGUGAAGCUUUAAGAUCACCAGACAGAUCUGAGCACUGGGGCCAUUUCCUGUUAGCAAAGGGGUUUCUAUACACAGCCAAAUGUGCAGAGUAGAGUGCUACACAACCCUUCAGUGAAGCUCAGCAACAAGAAUUCAAGAUUUCCAGACACAUUUCUGGAGUCUCAGGGAAUGUAAUGGCAGUGUUCAAGAAGGAUGUCCUGCUGUGCCUGGCCUUACUGCUUUCCUCUGCAGAGGCCACAAAUUUCAGUGACCCCAUCGUCUGCUACGUGCUGGAUGCAGUUCUGCUCUUAUACUGCAUCAUUUUUACAGCACUGUACUUUAAACUUAAGUUUGAAAAGGCAAAGGCCUUUGUCAAGCUACCUGACAAGUCUGCUCUAACGGCUGAAGCAGGACAAGAUGAGGGGCAUUAUCAGGCACUGGUUGGACAGUCAAAUCAAGAAUACGAGGAAAUCAAAAGGAAAAGCAAGCCUCGCAAACAUAAGAGUAAAUCCAAAGAGCCUAAAAGCAAGAGUGGUGCAGCAGAAGCCAUUGAGAUGAACUGAGCCAGUACACACAGGACUGCUUUAAACAACUCAAUGAUCCCCCCCCUCCACCCCUCCACUUCAUCAAAGCAUCUGCUCAUUUAACUGGGCAUCUGGUCAUUUCUGCACAUUUCACCCAGUGAAAAACUCCAGGGUCUACUGCCAAUUAUGUGCAAUCUGUCCAUUUGUUUGCAUAAUAACUCAAUUUAUGUUGCUUUAAAAAAAGUGUAUACUAGCUGAAAUAAUUAAUUUAAUUUAGAUGCCAAUAAUGAUGAAUUCUCAAAUAUGAAUAUUUGAAUCUAUUCUAUUCUAUUCAAAUAUGAUUGGUCAGAAAGUGUUGAUUAAUUUUCUGUAACAGCACUACUCCGGGAGUAGCUCUGACUGAAAGGAAAAGCACAGGUUUAUGCUGAUGUUAUAGUGUCUGUACUAACAAUUCAUUCACAGGGAUGCAUGGUGUAUGAUAGAUGCUCCACAUAAUAACCCAGAACAACCCUGGCCUGAUUAUAGAACAAUUUUAAAAUGUGCUGUUAUAUAUUACAAGUAAAAUGUUUAGUGGUUGAUGCAGUGAAGUUUUCUGCAAGAAGAUAACAAUGAAGUAGACUUGGUUGUUCCAUACAUAUAAUUAACAUUUUACUAAAUGGAGCUACGAUGUCCGUGUAAUGGUUAAAAAUAAUUUUAUUAAAAAUAAAAACAUGUAAUUAUUGGCAAAUAGCAGUGGUAUAAAGAAUAAAACAAGUAUGUAAAGACAAAAAAAGAGACAGGGUGUGGUGUAAUGGGAAAUGAAUCAACAACCUAAUAGUGCACCCCAGUAUUAAUUAUUUUCCUAUAACAUCACACCCUGACAUUUUUUAUGCUUGACGUACCUGCUAUUGUUCUCAUUGUUAAUAUAUCAUGAUGAGAUCAUGGUGAAGCACUGUCACGUCACAGCAAGAAGGUCCUAGGUUCAAGCCCAGCGGCCAAUGAGGGCCUUUCUGUGUAGAGUUUGCAUGUUCUCCCCGUGUCUGCGUGGGUUUCCUCUGGGUGCUCCGUUUUCCCCCACAGUCCAAAGACAUGCAGGUUAGGUUAACUGGUGACUCUAAAUUGACCGUAGGUGUGAAUGUGAGUGUGAAUGGUUGUUUGUCUCUAUGUGUCAGGCCUGUGAUGAUUUGGUGACUUGUCCAGGGUGUACCCUGCCUCUCGCCCAUAGUCAGCUGGGAAAGGCUCCAGUUUGCCUGCGACCCUGUAGAAGGAUAAACGGUUAUGGAUAAUGGAUGGAUGGAUAAUGGUGAAGAGAACUACAUGGUGGCCAGAAAAAGUGGAAAUGUUUUGCUUAAAUUAAAUCAUGGUACUGACCUGUCACAACAAAGUUACACUUUUACAACUAAGACUCUUUUGUUAAAAUACAGUAAAUGAUCUGUUUAAUGUAGCUCUGGUGAAUUUUGGUCCACAAGAUUGUACUGUAAUUCAGAAAUCUUGGCCCAAGGAAAUUUUCUGACAAUAUGAUCUUUACAUACUCACUGCUCAUGACAUUUUGUGCCGACAUAUGUGCUUUGUGUUGUGGCCGUUGUUAUUUCAUGGUAAGCAGAUUAAAGUCUACUGUAAUGACAAAAAAAAGCUAAUCUCUUAUACACAAGUCUGUCAUAUUUAAAAAUGGCAGAAACAGCUUCUUAUGCCAAAGCAUGAAAGACGUGCUAUGUUCUGCUUGUGCACGUUAAGCAUAGUAGAGCCCAGUAGAGCAGGAGUGUUGCCCUCCAAUUAGUUUUCUCAACUAAUUCAGUACAUUGGGAAGAAAUAUUUUAUCUGGAAAGACAAAAAGAUUGUUUCAUCUCCCCUGAGAAACAAGUACUGUAUCUGUCCAUCCACAACCUUAUUUCUUUUAAAAUGUUCAGCGCAGGCUACAUGCAUACUUUUUCCAUGCAAAAAAAAGCUAUAUAAUGUUCUAAGCCUAAUUGGAAAAAUAGACUAUAUUUUGCUAAUAAACACAUUUAU